CGUUUUACUCUCCACUACCGCCGCCACGUCACUCCCACGGAUCGCGGCAAUAAGGCCAACCAAAAACAAGGAAGCUCUGAGCUCUCCAGACUAGUCUCUCCCAUCCCUUCCUCAUCGACCAUGGGCUUCCUCUCCGCCUGGCUCUCUCGCCUCGCCUCCAGGCCCUUCUUCUACCGAGCCCCCCGCCACCCCUUCUCUCCUUCUCCAGCCAUCACUGCCCUCGCUCCUGGAUCCGACGCCAAGGAGCGCCUCCUCUCGUGGACCCGCUCGCUAAUCCCUCUCGCCGUUGCCGCCGCUUCUGCUGGAGCCCUCGCUCUCGAUCUCCGUCCCCAUCCAUCCCUCUGCGAUCCCGCCCUCGACCACCGAAUUGGAGGGAAGGACAGCACCGAGCUAGUGGUACAAGGUUCUCGCAAGGAGCUCCCGAAAGAGUUCAUUGAAGAGCUGAGAUCUUUCUUACAAGGUAACAUCACACUGGACUAUGAUGAGAGAUUCUACCAUGGGAAGCCACAAAACAGUUUCCAUACUGCUGUAAAUGUUCCUGAUGUGGUUGUCUAUCCAAGGUCACAUGAUGACGUACAGAAGAUUGUCACAUCUUGUAACAAAUACAAGGUUCCUAUUGUACCAUAUGGUGGAGCUACGUCAAUUGAGGGCCACACUUUAGCUCCUCAUGGAGGUGUUUGUAUUGACAUGUCAUUAAUGAAAAAAGUCAAGUCAUUGCAUGUUGAGGACAUGGAUGUAGUUGUUGAACCAGGGAUUGGAUGGAUUGAACUUAAUGAGUAUUUGAAGCCCUAUGGUCUCUUUUUUCCACUUGAUCCAGGACCUGGUGCUACUAUUGGGGGCAUGUGUGCUACUCGUUGUUCUGGUUCUUUAGCUGUUAGGUAUGGAACUAUGCGGGAUAAUGUCAUCAAUCUUCAGGUUGUUCUAGGAAAUGGUGAUUUUAUAAAGACAGGUUCACGUGCUCGAAAGAGUGCUGCUGGAUAUGAUCUUGCAAGAUUGUUGAUUGGAAGUGAAGGAACUUUAGGUGUUAUUACAGAAGUCACUUUGCGGCUUCAAAAACUUCCUCAGCAUUCAGUGGUUGCAAUGUGCAAUUUUUGCACGAUCAAAGAUGCUGCUGAUGUUGCCAUUGCCACAAUGCUUUCUGGUAUACAGGUCUCGAGAGUGGAGCUCUUGGAUGAGGUUCAAGUAAAAGCAAUAAAUGUGGCAAAUGGGAAAAAUUUACCUGAAGUUCCCACCUUGAUGUUUGAAUUUAUAGGAACAGAGGCAUAUGCAAGGGAACAGACAUUAUUGGUUCAGAAGAUUGUAUCUGAACAUAAUGGCUCUGAUUUCAUCUUUGUGGAAGAUGCUGAUGCCAAAAGGGAACUAUGGGAGAUAAGGAAGGAGGCACUUUGGGCUUGCUUCGCAAUGGCACCUGACUUUGAAGCAAUGAUUACGGAUGUCUGUGUUCCUUUAUCAAGGCUUGCAGAAUGCAUAUCAAAAUCUAAGCAAGAGCUUGAUGCAUCACCAUUGUUGUGCACGGUUAUUGCUCAUGCUGGUGAUGGAAAUUUCCACACAAUUAUUCUCUUUGAUCCAAACCAGAAAGAACAGCGAUUAGAAGCAGAGAGGCUAAACCAUUUCAUGGUUCACACUGCCUUGUCCAUGGAAGGAACAUGUACAGGAGAGCAUGGUGUGGGUACAGGGAAAAUGAAGUACCUUGAAGAAGAGCUUGGCAUUGGGGCAUUGAGGACUAUGAAAAGAAUAAAAGCUGCGUUAGAUCCCAACAAUAUCAUGAAUCCAGGGAAGCUGAUUCCUCUUCAUGUCUGCAUUUGAUGUCAUAUGUCUAUUUCUUACACAUCCCUGUUCAGAACGAGUGUUACAGAAAGCUUUUCUAUUUGAAUAAAAUAAAAUAAAGCUGUGAAGAUGGUCAAAAUGCGCCAUGGGAGCGAUGCUUGCAGGAAUAAUAAGGGCUUCACAAUCUCCUGAAACAGCUUUCUGACUAGAUAUCUUGGUAGCUUUAUGAUAAAUAAAAAUUUCCACUGACUGAAUCAAUGAAUAUAUGAACACCUAUUUCUCUGCUCUUA